AUGGCUAACGCUUACUACAUUGGAGAACACAUCAAGAAGCACGCUCCUCACCAUGAAUCUUUCAAGGCGCUAUGGGAUACCAAAUGGCAGAAACCAUGUAGCAUGGGCGUCUACCCUUUUAUGUUCGGCACCACGAAAGAUUUCGAACCGAUUGUGAAUGAAUUGAACGGCAUGCAGGAGCCCUACGAGUGGGACGCAUACGCCGAGACCUUCUUCCCCACAGCCCAGGAACUUGUGAGAAGGGCGAGCGAGGCUGAGAAGGCAGGCGAGAAAGAGAAGGCAGGCGAGCUGUAUAUGAGAGCAUCCGCCGUCUACCGAAUCUCCCGCUUUCCCAUCUCUCGUUCACCGAAGCAGAAACUCGCCUGGACAAUGGGAAAGGAGGCCUGUUUGAAAGGUCUACAAUUGCAAGAGCACCCCGUCCAUGAGGUGCUUGUUCCGCAUUACCACGCCAUUGAAGGCGAGGGUGAUACCAUUCCCAUCUACCACCAAGUACCUGAAGGUGCCUCAUCGGAAAACCCGGCUCCAUGUGUAGUGAUAUUCACCGGUCUUGACGGAUACCGGACCGAGCUCGUUGUAUGGGCAGAAGGUUGGAGACAAGUUGGUGUUGCCCUUAUCGUGGUUGAAAUCCCGGGCACGGGUGACUCGCCAGCACUUGCGACCGAUCCAACCAGCCCCGACCGACAAUGGUCAAGUCUUCUCGACUGGAUUGACACCCAAGCUGCUGUAGACAGCAAGAAGUUGAUUGUCUGGGGCUUCUCAACCGGCGGGUACUAUGCAAUUAGACUUGCACAUACCCACAAAGACCGGAUCAUGGCUGCCACCGCUUUGGGGGGUGGUUGCCACCAUAUGUUUGAUGAAGCAUGGCUGGAUGAGGUCAAUCAUCUGGAAUAUCCUUUCGAUCUUGCACAUGCUCUGGCCUACAAAUUCGGAUAUGGAUCCGAUUUAGAAGCAUUCAAGAAGGAAGGCAAAAAGUUCUCUCUGCUUGAAGAUGGCACUCUGGACAAGCCAUGCGCUAGGCUGUUCCUUGUCAACGGCACGGACGACGAAAUCUUUCCGAUUGAGGACAUGUACAGAGCGCUGGAGCAUGGAAGUCCUAAGGAGGCUAGAUUCGUGAAAGAUGUGAAACAUAUGGGCGAACCCAGCUCUUUUACCAUUAUUCUGAACUGGAUCUACGAGAUGCUGGACAUCAAGAGCCAUCCUGGACAGCAGUUGCAGACCAUUCCUUCCAAGGCGAAGUAUUGA